CCUAGCGGUACCGCUGCCACGACUGCAAUGUCAAACCUAGACUUCCAGUGGAUUUUCCCGUCUGCCCCACCAAACAUUACCUCCUCUCUCAAUUUCACCGCACAGAAUGCCACAGCAAACACCGGGGUAUUUGGCAAGCUUCCCGUAUACGUGAACGACGCGAUAAGGCUCGAAUGGAACGAUUCAACUUCCUCGGAUCAGACUGCGAAUGUCCAGUAUGAAUGUGGAAUAAACCCAAACGGCUCUCGCUCCCACAUCGGAGUUGGGCAGUCAUUCAACGGGCGACCCCCUUUUACUUGGACGUUCGAAUUCCUCUCCUCUCCCAGCCCUUCUCCAACUCCAUCGCCUUCAGCAAACUCCUCUUUGGUCCCUAGCUCUGGCCUAGCAGAAGAUAUCUGCGUCUUUCUCCACUACAACCACACCCUCGGGACAUUUUACCUCACGACCGCAUUCAGCAUCCUCAACACAACGCGCCAGGGCCAACCAUAUCUGUACACGAUAGACACUCCAUUCGGCAGUCCGAAAACGGCUCCGAGUGUCCAAACGGCUGAUUCCAAGCAUGGUCACUCGAACCUAGCUGCGAUUUUGGGGAGUGUCUUAGGGUGUCUGGCGUUGUUAGUAAUAGUAAUCGCUUUCGUAUUUUGGAGGAGGAGGUCGACCAGGAGAAAUGGAGUAGGGAAAGGGCUGGUGAGAGAUGACACGCAGGUAGAACUGGAGCGUGUGGGAAGUAUGGCGACGACAAUGCCUCCUGCUUAUGAAGAGCGGAUGCGCGAGGGCGAUACUGAAGAGAGCGGCAAUGCAGCGGGCGGGGAGCGGAGAGCCAAGUCGGCGGCCAAGUCGGCGGCCAAGCCAGUGGACUUUGAGAAUGGAUUGAAGAAGUCGUGA